UGUCAAAUUCUCGUUUUCAUCUGUUCCUUUGGUAAGGUUUUCCAAUUUUUGCAUAGAAAAGUCGAAAAUUUGUGCAAUUUUGUAGCGUAUAAACGCUGAUCGGGAAGUUGUAAUGCAAUAAGCAAGUAAAUAAAUUAACAUCGGAAACGGGGUAAUCUAAGUUCAUUGUGUAAAAACAUUGAAAAAGUUCUGUAAUACGUGGCGUUAGAUGAUGUGCUAAUUACUUUUUUUUUUUCUUUCUUACUGAUGUUCUUAAUUUUACACCGUGUGUACAAUUGAUUGUGCGACGAACUUUAUACAUUUGUUGUUUGUUGGUUGUGUUGUGGUGGUGGGGCUGGCGGCGCUGGCAACGGUAUUUGUUCAAUUAACAACUUGUCAUAUAGAAAUAAAAAUAAGGUUCGAGGAGCAGUAGUAAAACCGGGCAGGAGUAGGGGAUCAUCAAUUGAAAUUAUGUCGGACAUGCUUCUUAAUAAACCGACUCCUGAACGGAGUGUCGCAGGAAGUAAAGACCCGGAAAUGAAAGGUUGGCUUAUGAAGUGGACCAACUAUAUUAAAGGUUAUCAACGACGUUGGUUUGUCCUAUCAAGAGGUGUUUUGAGUUAUUAUCGCAGCCAAGCUGAAAUGAAUCACACAUGUCGCGGUACUAUAUCGCUUCACGGUGCUCUUAUACACACAGUGGAUUCGUGCACUUUUGUUAUCUCAAAUGGUGGUACACAAACGUUUCAUAUUAAAGCUGCCAAUGAGGUAGAACGACAAUCUUGGGUUACGGCUUUGGAAUUAGCCAAAGCAAAAGCAAUACGUACUAUGGAAACCGAGGAAGAGGAGGAAGUUGAAACGUCACAUGUGGUACCUAGCCAAGAAAUCAACACAGUGAUGGCAGAGCUAACAGGUCGUCUUGAGAGUUUGCGCACCUGUUACGAUUUAAUUACUAAACAUGGCAUUGCUUUACAGAGAGCACUAAGUGAGUUAGAGUCGAAUGACGAAGAGUCACUUGCCAGUCGCACAAAGAUUGUUAAUGAGCGGGCUACGCUGUUUCGUAUUACAUGCAAUGCAAUGAUUAAUGCAUGUAACGAUUACCUACGCAGUGCUGAGUCGCAAGGCCAUAAGUGGUCGAAAAUGGUUGAGCACGAAAGAGAGCAACGACAACGGCUGGAAGAAAUGGUUGAAAUGUUAGCCAAACAGCAAACUCGCCUCGAACAGGCAGCACACACAGCCGCGCAACAUAAUAAACCGCUAGCAAUAGCAAACGAAAGUGCAGCUUCACCAAAUGCUGUUACAUCUGACGACGAAAACGAAUUUUUUGACGCAGAAGAGAACAACGGAGUAUUCGGCGAAAAUUCACCGAAUGAAGCUAGUGGAUUUGUAAUGACAUUGCCUUCAAAAAGUAGUACUCAUAAAGGGGAGGAUGUUGAAGAUGGAUCAUUUGUUAUGAAACUACAAAAAACACGCUCUAACUCAGAGGAACAAACACACCAUAGCAGUUCUUCAGAAAAUGAAGAACUUAAACUAACCGAAUCCGAGCCUCAGCAAGUUGUUGUUAUAAGCAAAAAAAGUAGCAUUAUAUCUCAAAAAAGUAUCUCCAAACACAAUAAUGGAAACCAGCAAAAUCAAAAGGUCGCACAACUACCUAAGACAAAUCGGCAACGACGUACGCGCGUACCAGAUAAACCCAAUCAUCCACUUAAUCUAUGGUCGGUAAUGAAAAAUUGCAUCGGUAAAGAACUUUCGAAAAUUCCAAUGCCAGUUAAUUUUAAUGAGCCUUUGUCAAUGCUUCAACGACUUACGGAAGAUUAUGAAUAUGCCGAUUUGUUGGACGCAGCUGCACGUUGUACAGAUGAAUGUGAACAGUUGGCAUAUGUGGCGGCCUUUACAAUUACUAGCUAUGCAACAACGACAAAUCGGACUGGCAAACCUUUCAAUCCACUUUUAGGUGAGACGUUUGAAUGUGAUCGCAUGGAUGACCUUGGAUGGCGGGUCCUCGCUGAACAGGUUUCACAUCAUCCACCAAUGGCUGCUUUACAUUGCGAGGGGCGUGAAUGGACCUGCUGGCAGGAAUUCACAAUGACAAGCAAAUUUCGCGGAAAAUAUCUGCAGGUCAUACCGCUUGGGAGCGCAUACGUAAAUUUCCCCGCAACUGGUCAUAAAUACACGUGGCGUAAAGUAACGACGACCAUUAAUAAUAUUAUCGUUGGAAAAUUAUGGGUCGAUCAACAUGGCGACAUGGAAAUCAGAGGACUCAAUGCAGCAUCCGGUCUCACAUGUCAUCUUAAAUACAUUGCAUAUUCAUACUUUUCACGCGAGCAACAGCGUCGCGUAAAGGGCGUGAUCAUGGAUCGGAAUAAAGAAGUCAAAUGGGUGUUGCGUGGCACUUGGGAUGCUUCUAUCGAAAUUGCGCCUGUACUUUCAACUUCCGGUUCCACUGAUAGUCCAGUUUACCAAACCGGUGGUUACAAAACAGUGUGGACACGACGAAUGCAGGCACCAGAUAGUGACAAGUUCUACAACUUUACAACGUUGGCAGCCCAAUUGAAUGAACCCGAAGAGGGAGUUGCACCUACCGACUCACGUCUUCGUCCCGAUCAACGUUUGAUGGAAGAUGGGAAAUGGGAUGAGAGUAAUCGUGAAAAGCUGCGACUGGAGGAGAAGCAACGUAGAAAGCGGCGAGAACGCGAAUCGGAAGCAGAAGCUGCAGCAAACGAGGGUCGUCCAUAUCAGCCAUAUGAACCGUUAUGGUUUAGACGAGAAAAGGAAGAGGGUAGUGAUAAUUUGGUGCAUGUUUUUAAUGAAUCCUAUUGGAAGCACAAGCAAGAUCAAGACUGGUCUCAAUGUCCUGACAUAUUCUAAAUGUAAUAAAACGUUUUUACCAAAAGCUUAACAGCGAAACCCACUAACAUAAUACAUGAAAAUUUAAAAGUUUAAAUGCGAAAGUUAUAUUAUAUAAUAUUAAACUAAAAGUGAAGUAAAACUUAACAAAAUAUACCUACAUACACAUACUUAGAAAAUUAUAGAAAGACGAAAAUGCACUCAAACGAAUAAUUUUAGAUGAAAAAAAUAAAAACAAAAUUUGGCAAAAUGAAAUACACUAUAAAUCCAUUAGAAAAAGUGAAAGUAAUGUUUUACAAAAAAAAAUGUUAAAAAGUUAAGAAAAUGUAAUGAAUAUUAAAAUAAAACCAAAAACAGAAAAUGUUUCUUCAUAAUGAACAUCAGCAUUUUUGUAUGAGUUGAUAUGAACAAAGCGUUUAAAAAUAUUGGCUGAAAGAAAAUAAACUGCGAAGCGAAUCCGAAUGCAUAUACAGCAAUCGAAGGCAAAUAAUUAAAGAAUAUCGUACAAUAAACAAUAUCGCUAUUUGUUAGUUUAAGGAAAUAUCUUCGAAUUGCUGCUGGUAUUUUGCAGUUUAUUGCCGCGAACAAAACGCCAUAUAUCGGCCACGCACCAUUUGCCGUCAUUAAUACGAGCCAACAACCAACAUACCUACAUACUUAUAUAGUAUGUAAAUAGAUAUGAAUGUACAGCAGAAAACAAAAGUAUGCUUGGAAUAUGCAUUAUACUAAACAUCAACGUUACACACUCUACUCUAAUUAACUUCCUACUCGUAUUAUAUUGCUUAGUUUGUAAUGUAAAUGUUUUCUUUCCUUUUUAAUGUAAAUAAAUGCAAAUUGCAAGCUAAGAAAUACACAUAUGUUACAUGUUAAAAUCGAAAACAAUUAU